CAACCAUAGUAAAGUUUUUAUUGUAUUUUUUGUUCAACUUGUUGUUGAAGCCAUAGCGGAAGUAGGUAACGAUUAGACAGCAAUCGAAACAAACAAGAAAAAUAUAAUUUUAACGAUAAUUCACUAUUUAUAAUGGCCGGAUACUCUGAAGACCAGUUGGCUGAGUUCCAGGAGGCAUUCCAGCUGUUCGACUCGCGCGGCGACGGCAAGAUCCACGUGGCGCAGAUCGGCGACGCGCUGCGCGCGCUCGGCCAGAACCCCACCGAGUCCGACGUCAAGAAGUGCACCCUCCACCUGAAGCCUGAUGAGCGCAUCUCCUUCGAGGUCUUCCUGCCCAUCUACCAGGCGAUCAGCAAGGCGCGCAGCGGCGACACCGCGCACGACUUCAUAGAGGGGCUGCGGCACUUCGACAAGGACGGCAACGGGUUCAUCUCCUCCGCCGAGCUGCGCCACCUGCUCUCCACCCUGGGCGAGAAGCUGGCCGACGAUGAGGUGGAGCAGCUGCUGCAGGGGCAGGAGGACUCGCAGGGCAACGUCAACUACGAGAACUUCGUGCACCUCGUCAUGCAGGGCUGAGCAACCUGCCCCACCGCCCCCCACCCCACCCCACCCUACACAGCGGCGAGGCACAACCCAUGCCUAUACUUUAUCAUAUGAUCCAACAACUUAAAGGAAUGGUGACACAUUUAAAGACUAGAUUGAAAACAGUUGUUUAUACUAUUAUACUUGUUUUCUUCAUAUUAGAAAGCUCCUGAAGCACAAGUUUCAAAUCUAGCAUGUCAGGGUUCUGUCAUGGAAAAUUAAAAAGAAAACAAAGUAUCAAAGAAAACAGAACUAGCGAGCGUCUUCAGACGCCGGUAUAUGUAGGACUGACGGCUUUGGUAACCAUUGUCCAAAUUUCGUAUAAAAUUUGCAUAUCAAUAUAAUGUGCAAAGAUAAAGAUUGAAAGGCUAGACUUUGGAGAUAUGCUUUAAAUAUUAUUGUAAUGCACGUUCCUAACAUUGUUUUGAAAACAUGUGCAUUUAAAGAUAUAUUUUGGGUUAAUAAUAAAGCAAAGCACCCUCUCGACAGCAUUUAACGAAUAACUUAAAUUAAAAUCGAUAAUAGUUUAGAAGCCUCGCCGCUGCACCGUAGCCUAUAGACUUCAAGAUAACAUGUAAUUCCCGUGCGUUUAUUCCAAAAUAAUAUUAUCAUUAUUGUAGUUAUGUUAAGAGAUUUUAUACGGUUAUUGUAUGUACAAAUGUGAUUUUAACAAAGUGUAUCUAUUAUAAGUAUGUACUUACU